CGUGACGUAAUUUCCAGGCGCUUGCACACGUGUUGUCGUCACAUCGGAGCGCGGCCGACAGGAUGGGUAGUGAUUUCUAUCUCCGGUAUUAUGUUGGGCACAAGGGGAAGUUCGGACACGAGUUCUUGGAGUUCGAGUUUCGGCCUGACGGAAAGCUCCGGUACGCGAACAACAGUAACUACAAGAAUGACGUGAUGAUUAGAAAGGAGGCCUAUGUACACAAGAGUGUGAUGGAAGAAUUGAAAAGGAUAAUUGAUGACAGUGAAAUCACAAAAGAAGAUGAUGCAUUGUGGCCGCCCCCUGAUAGAGUAGGGCGACAGGAACUGGAAAUUGUUAUUGGAGACGAGCACAUUUCUUUUACUACAUCAAAAAUUGGUUCCCUUAUAGAUGUCAACCAAUCAAAGGAUCCAGAAGGUUUACGGGUUUUCUACUACCUGGUACAGGAUCUGAAGUGUCUCGUAUUCAGUCUGAUUGGUCUUCACUUCAAGAUCAAACCAAUCUAGCCGGCCGGGAGGGAUAUCAUGUUUUUAUUUUGUUUAAAUUGAGGUUUUUAUGUUUUUUGAAUUAUUUUUUUUUAUUUUAUACAUGCCUGAUCCACUAAUAAAAAUGUUACAGGUGAUGCUUUGAGCUCAGUGGUUACUAUGAUGACGGAGAGAGCAAUGGCAGGGUCUCUGACUGUGUUUGAUCCCUACUGUAUAUUUGACACAUACAUUUUUUUAUUUAACUGCA